AUGACGUAAUGUUCUCCGCGCGUGACGUCACGAGGUCUCCGCAGCGCGCGGGCCUCACUCUAUGGCGGAGCAGGAGAGGCUGCGGUGUCUCCUGAGGCUGGUCCAGGAGGGAAACCUGGGAUUUCCUGAGGGAAAAAUUCCCACAUUUCUGGAUGCAAACACCAGGGUCUGCUUCUCCUGAGGGGAAACCUCAUUCCUUCUUAUCCCAACCCCUCAGAUCAAGCAGGAUAUCCCGUAAAAUCCCAAUUUUUUAGCCUUUUUCCCCUCAGGCCUGACUCCAUGGUGGAGCGGGAGAGGCUACGGUGUCUCCUGAGGCUGGUCCAGGAGGGAAACCUGGGAUUUCAUGAGGGAAAAAUUCCCACAUUUCUGGAUGCAAACACCAGUGUCUGCUUCUCCUGGGGUAAAACCUCAUUCCUGCUUAUCCCAAGCUCCCAAACCAAGCAGGAUAUCCCGUAAAAUGCCGAUUUUUUAGCCUUUUUCCCCUCAGGCCCGGCUCCAUGGCGGAGCAGGAGAGGAUGCGACGCCUCCUGAGGCUGGUCCAGGAGGGAAACCUGGAUCUCCUACGGGAUGAGCUGAGGCUGGAUGAGAUUCCAGAGGCUCUCAGCUGGCGCUGGGGACGUUUGGGAGACUCCCUGCUGCACCACGCGGCUCGGUCGGGGCACCGGGAUGUGCUGGAAUUCCUGAUCCAGGAGAUCGGGAUGGACCCGGAGGUGGCCAACGGGGACUACAAGAGACCCAUCCAUGAGGCUGCUUCCAUGGGACACCGGGAAUGCGUGUCCUUCCUUCUGGAGAGAGGGGCCAGCGUGGACUGCUUGAAAAAGGGGGACUGGACUCCCCUGAUGAUGGCUUGCACCAGGAAAAACUUGGAAGUGAUCAAAACUCUGGUGGAGCACGGAGCCAAUCCCUUGUUGAGGAAUAAGGAUGGCUGGAAUUGCUUCCACAUUGCCAGCAGGGAAGGGCAUCCCGAGGUUCUCCGGUUCCUGCUGGAUGUGUUCCCAAACUGCUGGAACACGGAGAGCACCACGGGGAGAACUCCUCUGCACACAGCAGCGAUGCACGGCUGUUCCCAGGUCGUGGAGCUGCUCCUGGAGCGGUGCCAGUACCAGCCUGACAGCAGGGACAGCUGUGGGGUCACUCCCUUCAUGGACGCUCUCCAGAACGGACACGUCGGCAUCGCCCGGCUGCUCCUGGAAAAACACCAGGCCUGUCCCACAGCUGUGGAUGCCCUGGGUGCUCAGGCCCUGCACAGAGCAGCUGUGACAGCCCAGGAUGGAUCCAUCCAGUUCCUGGUGUCCGAGCUGGGCGUGGAUGUCAACGGGAGAGCGACGUCCCUGCGGCUGCCAGCCCUGCACUACGCUGCCAAGCAGGGAGAGGGGAGAUCCCACCUGGAGCAACAGAUCCCAGCCCUGGGAGCAACAUCAGGAGGAUCUGGAGAGUCCAGAGGAGUGCACGGAGCUGCUCCAGCUCUGGAGCCAGGCUGGGAGAGGAAGGACAUGGACAAACCAUCCAGACCCUGCUGUCCCUCGGUGCUGAUAUCCAGGCUAAGGAUGGGAAGGGCCGUUCUGCCCUGCACGCGGCCGGCGCCGGGCAGCGCGCCGAGGCCGCCGGCGUCCUGCUGCGAGCCGGGCUCCGCGACGCUCCGGAUAACUCGGGAAUGCUGGCACGGCAGCUGGCCAGGAAGCCAGAGAUCAUCCGGGUUUUCCAGGGAAUGCAAGAGGAAAGCCGCUCCUUCUCCACGUGAUUCCAGGGCUGAGCUUCUCCUCUUCCCAUGCAGCUCCAUGAAACAGAACCAUCCAAGGAAAUCUCCACUUCUCGGGAUCCUCACAGCUUUUCCUGGGAAUUUCCACAAAAAAUCCACCUGGAUCAUUGAUUUUCCAGCUCUUCAUGGACCUGCUCUCCCCUAAUUCCUGAAAUUCCUGGAAUUUUGAGGCUCUUGAAGCUGCACCAACCUUUUCAAUCCUUUUUGUAUCCCAGAGCUGAUCCCAAAAUCUGCGGGAAUCUGUGGUGGGACCUCAGCCCUGGGAGGACAUCGGGAAUCUUUGGAUCAGACUGAAAUAAGGAGCUGUUUUAUUCCAGAUUGGAAUGCUGGGCAAUUCCCAGAACCCAUGAACAUUAAAUCCCAAAAAAUCUGCUCUUGGAAACCUGGAAUUCGCAACAAGGUAAGAGCAGCUGCAGCUGUUGGGAUUGUGCAGCUGGAAUGAUAAAUUCCAUAAAAAAAA